CAAGCCAAACGCAGCCGGGCAGCAAAGACUUCUUCUUCAUCAGGUUGUUCUGUCUGUUCAUCGUGUCGACUCCUCAUAAUCAUGACCCCUGUAACGGCUCCAGCUGAUACCCGACUCUUCAGACGCACAGCGUAUCUCAAAGGCAAGCCCAAAAUACUGGGGACUGUGCAGAUUAUGAUCGGAAUCAUAACUUUACUGUUCGGUAUUGUUUUAACCUUGUACUUUCACACGCCCGGAGUCAUCAGCGGUAUCAUGCUGUGGGGAUCACUUGUCUUCAUAAGCUCUGGUGCUCUGUCAGUCGCUACAGCGAACCACCAAAAUCCCUGCAUGUAUUAUGGAAUUUAUGGAGUGUUGCUGGUUUUCGCUCUGCUCGAGUUCAUCAUUUCUAUCUGCACUUCUGUCUUCGCCUGUAAAGCCACCAGCUGCUAUGCAAAUAAACCGACGUUUUCACAGGCGGUGACUACAGAGGUGAUGUACACAUUGCAGAUGAACAAUCCUGAUUACUACUUCAACCAAGAUCCAUAACAACCACCUGUAAUCACCUACUGUGGUUUAGUUCUUUUCUGAAACUUGCCCUACUUUUGCAGACAAAUCUUACUUCCUGUUUCAGCUUCAUGUCUAAAAAUCACCUCUGAAUAAAUUAGCAUUUAUGUAGCAUUGAACUUUAACCCUGUAUUCUGCUUCGACUCUAUUGUCAUUGUGCAGUUUACAUUUUCUAAGAUGAUGAAAUGUAGUUAGCUUCUCACUGAAGAGUAAGAUAAAUGAAAGCAUUUGCUGUAAAAUGACAGUGCAACAUUACA